CGAUGGCUGCUCACCGCAGCAACAGUGCAGCGCUGACCAGGAACAGAACCUAAUUGGAAGUUUAAGCCAUCGACUCAUAGUCCAAUUUGGUCAAGGAUUAUUCCCCUAUAUUCGUCCCUAUGUUCUUCAAGCUGCUGUUCGCCUCCUGUCUGGCUUUGGCUCUUGCCAAGCCCCAACAUCCACCUGCUGCGCAGUAUCCGGCCGGCGUGAACCCACAGGACUGCCCCGGCUUCCCAAUCUGUGAUAAUGAGCGACUGCACAGCCCCAAAUCGCAGUGGGGAGCCCCCCAGAAUCAAUGGCAACAGCAACAAUGGCAGCCACAACCUCAGCCCUCUUGGAAUGCGGCACCCCAGCCUCAAUGGCAGCAACAGCAACAAUGGCAGCCGCAACCUCAGCCCUCUUGGAAUGCGCCACCUGCGCCUGCUGCAGGCGGAGACAAGUAUCCCGCUGGUAUCAAUCCCCAGACCUGCCCCAACUAUCCGUACUGCGACGUGAAUGCCGGACACGCUGGCGCACCUGUUGCGGCUCCUCCGCUGCCCGGCUGGACAGAGCGUCUUUACCCAGCCGGAGUCUCUCCCCACGAGUGCCCCAACUUCCCCUACUGCCACUAGAGCGACCAGGAUGACGAGGAUUCCAUCGUCUCUAUCCACUCUUCUAUCUAUCCCUUUCCCGACGCUUCCCCUAACGCUUCGCACUAAGUUCUCAAUUAGUGAAAAUUGAUUUCAAAUUCUGUUGUUGUCGCAUAAAACCGAAUAAAAUGCAUGUUGGUCAAAGAA